GUUAUAAGUCAGUUUCGGCUGAUAAACAGCACAGAUUCGCUUCUUUCCCAUCGCAGUCGUUCAAUAGCGUGGUCGCUUCAAAAUUCGCUUUGAUCAUGUAUCGCUUGUACUUGUUGCCGUCAUCGUUGGGUAUCGUUGGCUGUCCCCAAUAUUCCAAUUUAAGGAAGCAUUCUCCACUGCUCAAUGUCAAGAGUACUUGGAGUUUUACACACCUUUUUCCCUAGUCUCCGCGAGUUCCCAGAAUUGUGCGACUCACAUUUUCUCCCGUCAGCGCAACCCGUUCGCACCCACCACGUAAUAUUCUACCCGAAAUAAAUGUCUUCGCGUAUGUAAAGCAAACGCAACCAUACCGGAACGAUUACUUCACUCCGACACGUUGAACUGUAAAGAAUCUGCAAAUGCAGCCCAAACUGACGACGAUUGCGACGUGGCUGGCGAUCGUAUGGUCGGUUGAAGUGUUGUGUGCAGGAGGUGUCGACCGUCACAAACGAACGUUGGUGUACACGUCCGACAGUGCCACCGGGAUCCUGAUUGCACUGUCCGUCCCACUGCUAAUACCCGACCGGAACAUCUUUUUGGCGUACAACUUUGAAGCCAACUACGGAAUGCCGGGAAAGGCGAGUGAUUUCACCCAGGGUGUGCUGAAGAAGGUGGACAACGAUCAGAUCGAGCCAGCACCGGAAGAAGAGUCCGAAGCGAAACGUGCGACACGAGCCACGGUGACGCGUUUCACCCGCAAACAGGUGUACCGGAUGAUCGAGCUGAAUUUGAUACGGUACGGUUACGAUGGGAAGAAGUGCAUCUUGCGAAUGAUCUGCGAGCUGGCCGGGCAACCGGUUCACGACGCGAACGGAGUCAUCGGUGAUCUGUUGCAGCUUGUUUUUACACCAUCCGGAUCGAGCUACGAACGGUUGCCGAACGAGUUCUAUGUGGCGGAGAGGAAAGGACGGCAGGAAAAUUGUGACAAAUAUGGGAAGUACUGCCCGAACAGCCCACUCGAUACGAUAAGUUUAGUGUUUUAAAAUAAAUUUUAUUACGAAAAAAAAAACGAUUUUUCCUUC